AUGGAGAAGAAAUCUUGCGAUGUCUGUGACAAGUUGUUUAGCAAAAGUACCAAUUUGACGAGACAUAGACGCGCGCACACUGGUGAAAAACCGUUCGCAUGCAAUAUAUGUGACAAGUCAUUCUCUGUAAAUAGCAGUUUAAUGGCACACAAGCGAAUGCACACUGGCGAAAAACCGUACACAUGCGGUGUAUGCGACAAGUCGUUCUCUACCAGUGGCAGUUUGACAAGACACAAGCAAAUGCACACUGGAGAAAAACCAUACGCUUGCGAUGUAUGUGACAAGUCAUUCUCUGUAAGCAGUGAUUUGACCAAACAUCGACGCACACACACUGGGGAAAAACCGUACGCAUGCGAUAUAUGUGACAAGUCGUUCUCUACCAGUGGCAGUUUGAUAAGACACAAGCGAAUGCACACUGGAGAAAAACCAUACGCGUGCGAUGUAUGUGACAAAUCAUUCUCUGAAAGUAGCCAUUUGACGAGACAUCGACGCAUACACACUGGUGAAAAACCGUACGCUUGCGAUGUAUGCGAAAAGUUGUUUAUUAAAAGUGGCAAUUUGACGAAACAUAAGCGAACGCACAUAGAACACUCAUCCGAUUGA